AUGACGGCCUACGACUAUUACUCGACAUUGGAGUCGCUAACCGAUGGCUUGGGGAUCAAUCCACCGGACCGUCACUCCAUCUUUUUGCGAAUUUCUCGCCAGUAUCGACACCUGAGGCGUGAUGGGAACUGGGCCGGGCGAGCUCGCCCUCAAAUGUCCCGCUUGUCCGCGGCCAGGUCCACCUAUCCGAAUGAUGGGAAGAUGCUCCUCCAGGAGACCAAUGCUUGUGCAUCAUAUCAUGUUCAUUGCCAUGAAUGCCUGCUUCCGCCUCAACGACCAAACGAGCCGAGACCCUGGUCUUGGAACGGCGGUCUUGCGGCUCUGGACCGUGCAAAUUCCAAGUUCUCCCGAGGCUAUAGUGUUACUGGUGUUGGUAUGGGGGGUUUGCGCAAGGGGACAAUCGUGCUUCCUAAUGGUGUAGGUGAUUUGCAAGCGGGCGAGCGCUACAGCAACCUGGACUGCAUCUUCGCUUCCUUCAUGCGCCGCUUGAACUCCAGACUCCCCAAGUUAAUCUCCUACGACAUCGUCUGGCAAAAUGCACAUCAAAGGUCACUUGAUCCAGUGCCAAAUCCUGUUUUCUCUACUUUACAUUCUCGGUUCGGGCAAGCACACGCGUCUGUGGACCUGGCGCUCGAUGGGAUCAACUUCGACGACUUGGAACUGGAUGAAGACCCUUGGACCGGCGCUGUUAUUACUGGACAUGGCAGCGGAAGAGCGACAACUUCGUGCCCAAUCUCUCUGACGCAAAGUCUGAGGGUUGUUGGGAAACGCCGUAUGCAAAAUGUUCAGACAGAAUUGGAUAAAGCGGGAGCAGUCCCCAUUCGUGAUGUUUCCCUGACCAAGUUCAUUACAGCGUUGCUGGACGCUGAAACUGACCAGCGGCGUAUUCGUGGAUUGGUGGAUUUGAGGAAGACAGUAGCAACAUCAGGGAGAAAUGUUGCAAGAGACACUGGCCGGACGCGUACCUCUCUUCUCACCUUCCGCAAUCCCACGAUUGGAUCGCGGCAAUGGUGGUUGCCGCGAGGGUUUGGUGGAGAUCAAGCACGCCUUACGAGAUGCUCAAUGUUGUUCUGCUUUGACCCGUCUGCAACUGCAAGUGCAUGUCAAGUCUCGACUGCUCAUCUACACACGGCAGCACUCGCACACUCAUUCGCGGACACUACACCACCAUCCGAGUCAAAACGUUAA